AUGACCGUGUCCAUCGUUCGGCACGGCGGCCAGUGGUGUGAUGGGAAAAACGUGGCGGCGAAAUGGAAGUGCAACCUGUAACUGUGCACUGAAAAGGAUGACCGGGAGUCAUUUACGGUGAAUGCUGCAGUGGUGGCACGUUCGAAGUGCCUGUCUAGCCUUCACUGUGGCGAAAGCUGGAAUAUGGAUCGGAGGUCGACAGCAACAACAUCGACAGAGCGCACGCAUACAACAUUGCAAGGUUAGGUUCUGUAGGGUACGGGUAAUGUCUGUGGGGUAUUGGAUCUGUUACAGAACCGGAGGGUAAUCUCUGUAGGGUACGGGGUGUGCUACAGAACUCACAGAAGGUAUUGUGGCACGACCGUCACAGAACCCACAGAAGUGUUAGGGUAUUGUAUACAGAACGAGAGGGUAAUCUCUGUGGGGUA